UUUGAAAUUUUUUUUUUAGUUUUGUUUAUUUGUUUCAAUUGUUUUAUUCUGGUUUGUUUUGUUUCAAUUAUCAGUAAAUUAGUAAAUCUUCGCUUUCUUAUUGUGCACUAAUUUUUUGAGAUAUAUAAGCGACGAGAAUCCAUUGGUGAUAUACUAAUUUUCUAAAUUUUCUAAAUUUUCGAGAAUAGAAGCAGACGACACGAAACAGUGAAUCAAUUGAAUAUUUUAAUUAAUUCAAUAAUUCAAUAAUUAAUUAAAUAAUUUAAUAAUAAUAAUAAUAAUAAUAGUGGACAAUGCAUAGUUUUUCAGAGUUUUUAGAGGAAAUAACAUCAAUUAAUAUGGGAGUGCAAACAGUGUCUUUGAAUUUACCCAAAUUUUUAAUUGAGUUGAGUAAUAAUUAUAAUCAUUAUUCGAAUUCGAAUUUCAAUUACAAUUAUAAUUAUAAUUAUAAUUAUAAUGAUAAUCAGAUUGAAAUUAAUAAGUUUUUUGUGAACCAUUUGUUUAUUUUUUACAAUGUUUUAAAUUUUUUAAAUGGUUUUUCUAAAAUUUUAGUUGAAAUUUUUGAGACUUUGAUUAAUAUAUCGUUUAAAUGUUCAAGAUACUUGGGACUAUUUAUUAUUUCUCUAAUUGUAAUUACUAUCUUGGAUAGUGACUGGAACUAUCAUUAUCACUGCAACUAUAACUAUAAUAAUAGCAUUAAUAAUAAUAAUAUUAAUAAUGAUAUAAACUGUAUUUCAACUGGCUAG